UCAAAGUAACCCCAGAUGACUUUGCAAGGCUUUCGAAAAAUAAGCCUUGAUGACCUCAGAAAGGCCUAUAUUGUGAAAGAUGUCCAGCAGUAUAUUCUUCAUCGCUUGGAUCAAGAAGAAGCUCUGAGACAACAUCUCACAAAAGAAACUGCAGAAAUGUUGAAUCAGCUUCACAUUAAAAGCAGUGGUUGCUUUUUGUAUCUUGAGCGUGUCCUAGAUGGUGUAGUAGAAAAUUUCAUUAUGUUAAGAGAAAUUCGUGAUAUCCCUGGAACACUAAAUGGACUCUAUCUUUGGCUUUGUCAGAGACUUUUUGUGAGAAAACAGUUUGCAAAAGUCCAACCUAUUCUGAAUGUAAUCCUUGCUGCUUGCAGACCACUGACCACAACUGAAUUGUUCCAUGCAGUGUGGACCAAAAAUAUGGCAUUGUCUAUGGAGGAUUUCCAGCGCAAGCUAGACGUUCUAUCAAAAGUUCUCGUUGAUGGUCUUGGAAACACAAAGAUCCUUUUUCAUUAUAGUUUUGCAGAAUGGCUGUUGGAUGUAAAGCAUUGUACUCAAAAAUAUUUAUGCAAUGCAGCAGAGGGACACCGAAUGCUAGCAAUGAGCUACACAUGUCGAGCCAAGGAUUUAGCACCAUUGGAAGCACAAGAAUUUGCUUUGCAUCUAAUAGAUUCAAAUUUACAACUGGAAACAUCUGAGUUAGCUUUAUGGAUGAUCUGGAAUGGUACUCCUGUCAAAGAUUCUUUGUUGACAUUGAUCCCCAAAGAACAGGAAGUUUUACAAUUGCUAGUAAAAGCUGGUGCUCAUGUUAAUAGUGAAGAUGAUCGGACAUCUUGCAUUGUGCGACAAGCAUUAGAAAGAGAGGAUUCCAUUCGAACUUUAUUAGAUAAUGGCGCUUCAAUAAAUCAAUGUGAUUCAAAUGGGAGAACACUGCUGGCGAAUGCUGCCUAUAGUGGCAAUCUUGAUGUAGUGAAUUUGUUAGUUUCUAGAGGAGCAGAUUUAGAGAUUGAAGAUGCUCUUGGGCAGACAGCACUUACUUUAGCUGCUCGGCAAGGACACACCAAAGUUGUAAAUUGUUUGAUUGGAUGUGGUGCUAACAUAAAUCAUACUGACCAUGAUGGGUGGACAGCAUUGAGAUCUGCAGCUUGGGGUGGACAUACUGAGGUUGUUUCUGCACUUCUAUAUGCUGGUGUAAAAGUGGACUGUGCAGACGCUGACAGUCGAACAGCUUUGAGAGCAGCAGCCUGGGGAGGACAUGAAGAUAUUGUGCUGAAUCUAUUGCAACAUGGGGCCGAGGUGAACAAAGCAGAUAAUGAAGGUAGAACUGCUCUAAUUGCUGCAGCAUACAUGGGACAUAAAGAAAUUGUAGAGCAUCUUCUAGACCAUGGUGCAGAGGUAAAUCAUGAGGAUGUGGAUGGAAGGACUGCUCUCUCUGUUGCUGCUCUUUGUGUUCCUGCUAGUAAGGGACAUGCUUCAGUUGUGAGCCUUUUAAUUGACAGGGGAGCUGAAGUGGAUCAUUGUGACAAAGAUGGGAUGACUCCACUGCUAGUAGCAGCCUAUGAAGGGCAUGUAGAUGUUGUUGAUUUGCUUCUGGAAGGUGGAGCAGAUGUAGAUCAUACUGACAACAAUGGUCGCACUCCUCUUCUUGCUGCAGCUUCAAUGGGGCAUGCUUCAGUUGUGAAUACUUUAUUGUUUUGGGGAGCAGCUGUGGAUAGCAUCGAUAGUGAAGGACGGACAGUUCUUAGUAUAGCAUCUGCUCAAGGUAAUGUUGAAGUAGUACGGACUCUGCUAGAUAGAGGAUUAGAUGAAAACCAUAGGGAUGAUGCAGGAUGGACACCUUUGCACAUGGCUGCUUUUGAAGGUCACAGAUUAAUAUGUGAAGCACUUAUAGAACAAGGUGCUCGAACUAAUGAAAUUGAUAAUGAUGGACGUAUACCAUUCAUAUUAGCUGCCCAGGAGGGUCACUAUGACUGUGUGCAAACUUUACUGGAAAAUAAAUCUAAUAUUGAUCAUAGAGGUUAUGAUGGGAGAAAUGCACUCCGUGUUGCUGCUUUAGAAGGGCACAGAGAUAUAGUUGAACUACUUUUCAGCCAUGGAGCUGAUGUGAACUAUAAAGAUGCUGAUGGCCGGCCAACACUUUACAUCCUGGCCUUAGAGAACCAGCUAUCAAUGGCUGAGUACUUUUUAGAAAAUGGUGCAAAUGUAGAAGCAAGUGAUGCUGAAGGAAGGACAGCACUCCAUGUUUCCUGCUGGCAGGGCCAUGUGGAGAUGGUACAGAUGCUGAUAACAUACCAUGCUGAUGUAAAUGCAGCAGACAAUGAGAAACGCUCAGCUUUACAGUCUGCUGCAUGGCAGGGUCAUGUCAAAGUAGUUCAGCUUUUGAUUGAGCAUGGGUCCUUGGUUGAUCAUACAUGCAAUCAAGGUGCUACUGCACUCUGCAUUGCAGCCCAAGAAGGACACAUUGAUGUUGUGCAGAUAUUACUGGAAAAUAGUGCUGAUCCAAAUCAUGCAGAUCAGUUUGGGCGCACAGCUAUGCGUGUUGCUGCAAAGAAUGGGCACACACCAAUAAUUAAACUACUGGAAAAGUAUGGUGCUUCUAGUUUAAAUGGAUGCACUCCUUCUCCAAUCCAUACAAUGGAGCAAAAACCUUUGCAAUCAGUACCUUCAAAAAUUCAAUCCUUAACUAUAAAAUCAAACAGUUCAGGGAGCACUGGUGGUGGUGAUGUACAAGCUGCUUUGCGUGGUUUGUCAAAUGGGCCAUCUCAUGCUUUUAGUUCUCCUUCUGAAUCCCCUGAUUCAACAGUUGACCGGCAGAAGUCCUCUUUAUCUAAUAAUUCACUGAAAAGCUCAAAAAAUUCUUCUCUUCGCACAACUUCAUCUACAGCAACUGCCCAAACAGUACCUAUUGAUAGUUUCCACAAUAUGUCCUUUACAGAACAAAUACAGCACCAUUCAUUACCCCGCAGUAGAAGUAGGCAGUCCAUUGUUUCACCUUCUUCUACUACUCACUCUUUAAGCCAGAAUCAUAGUUCACCAAAUAGUGAAUUUGAAUGGAGCCAAGUGAAACCCAACCUAAAAUCAACAAAACCAAGCAAAACAGGGAAAACGGAGAACUCCAACAAAUCCGGGUCUGCUGGGAAAAAAGUAAAACAAACCACUUCUUCACAACCAAAAGUUUUAGAAUAUGAAAUGACUCAGUUUGAUAAACAGAUACCUGUGGCCAAAUGCGGAGCUACUGUGCCUCUUAAAAAUAUUUCUACUGACACACACUGCAAACUUUUAAUCCCUUCAGCUCAGCAAGAAGUUUGCCGGUCCCAACAGCAGUUCCUGAUCCACCAACAAAGUGGAGAGCAAAAAAAGAGAAAUGGAAUAAUGACAAAUCCAAAUUAUCAUCUUCAGAGCAAUCAGGUUUUUCUUGGUAGAGUGUCUGUACCACGAACAGUCCAGGAUCGAGGGCAUCAGGAGGUUUUGGAAGGCUAUCCUUCUGCAGAAACAGAGUUUAGCCUUAAACAAGCCUUAAAACUUCAAAUUGAGGGAAAUGACCCAAGCUUCAGCUACAAGAAGGAAACACCAUUGUAAGAGGCUGUUUCAUCACACCAUGAACAGAAAGAAGAGCUUCUGCCAAGAAUGGCUUGUCAGCUAGGCCAGGAUAAAAGCAUUUCCUGCUCAUUUAACUACACUGAAAAUUCUGAAUGUGAUCACUGCAGCACUGUUACCUUGAUUACUGCAGCACUGUUACCUUGAUUACUGUAAUGUGCCUAAAAGUUAAGGCUGCCUUCUUAAUGUAACCUUCUGUGCUUCAGAAAUGGUAUUUUGUGUACGUUAUACUUAAUACACAGAAUAAGCACUUUCUUCCUUAGUAACAGGACAAGAUAAUGCCAUAUAUUUCUCACACAGCUGAAAAGUUGUAAGAACUAGAAAUGUGAGCUCCCUUUCAAGAAGGCAUCAUCAGGGUAAAUGUGCCAUGGUAGAGUUUGUGCUGAAAGGUAUUUAUUACCUUUGUAUUUAUUUUAUAUUAAUAUGAUAAAAAAAAAUCUGCUUUCAGCCAAAAAGACAAGCAGCAUCCUUGGCUACCUAAAAGAUUAAAAUAACCUCACUACACAAAUAUAUAUACACAUGCAUCUGGUUAUUUCUUUUAAUAAGCCUUUUAAACACCAAUUGAAUAUCUUUUUUUUCUUCUUUCUUACGCUUGCGCCAGCAGUUUUGCAGCAUAUGAUUCCUAGUUAGACUUUAAGAUAUCGUAAGACUUCUUAUACUUUUACUGCAGGUUCACAUAUACCCAUACAAAAGACUGCACUAUCUCAAAGGGUACAAUUUGCAUGUAGAGGAGGAUUGUGGGAACUGCCACAGCCACAAUAGUAAUUGAUAAAAUUUAUGAUCACCAAAAAAAAAAAAAAAAAAUUACCACUGCAAUCCCAAAUAUCAAUGUUUGGGUCAUGUAACUGUAUCUGUGUAUAACUGGUUCACACUAUAUUCUCCAAAAAAUCAUGGGUACAUACAUAGUAAAGGUCAUCUUAAACACAGACUGAACCAAUAUGAGCUACUCUUCUGUUCAUCUUAAAUUGCAUUUCCAUUGGUAUAUUUCUCUGUAUAUCAGAUGUUUCUCACCAAACAUCACCAAAGAGAAAGGCAAUCUUUUGACAAUGUUAACUAAACUGCAGUAUUUGUAUUCAAUACUGUUUGGUAGUACAAGUCAUCAAUAUUGUUCUUAUUAUUCAUUUUAAAGAGCAUCGGUGAAGGAUUGUGUUUGAAACCAGAUCUCCUCUAAUUGACUUAAGUUGGGUUACAUCUGUAUUCACAUUGCCUUCUUCCUCUUUGAAAGGCUAACAGAGGUCCAUCAGCCACAGCCAAAGCAGCUGCUUCAGGUUUUUCUGUGGAAGAGACAUAGCCUAGCAGUAGAGCACCUGUUUUACAUAUGCAAAGGCUCUUGUUCAAUCCUUCAAUCCUCAGUUAAAUGACCUGAAAUAAACAAGACAUCUCUAUUGCAGUGAGCUAGACAAAGUGUUGACAAUUUGGUGAACUCUAAUUUUUUUUUGUAUUACAACUCCACAAUUACAAUUGUAAUUGGAGUUGUAAUUGUCUCUAUUUGUCAGUUAUGACUGUUGCACAGGCAUCUGUUCCCAACCAAAAUAACACAAACACAACAAAAUGUUAUAACAUCACAACAUAAGCUCCAUAAUCUUGUUUUUGUGACAUGUUGCAUGCAAACACAUAAGGAGUAGAAUUACAUAAUGACAGUGUGAUACACAUUUCAUCAUUUGCCCCCUGUUGAAACUAACUUAGUCCAAAACAUCUGGAAGAUAUCUGUUGCCUAUUUCUGCAUUAAGUAGACAUAAGAAUUUAACCCAUAUAAAGUAAUUUACUGAAAAAUGAAAUGAUCAGAAGCAGUUGGCAAGCCUAACCCCAGAUACCUGCCUGCAUGUAUUUAGAGCAGGAAUAAUGGCUUAUUUGUUUUGCCUUUUUUAUUUUUUCCUUCUCUGUAUAGCCCCAAUAUAAAUUUCUCUUUUCAGGUAUUUAAUUUUGCCACCUAUUAAUAUUAUUACUGGUUUAGAUGUAAAUGGUAAACUGCAGUAAUCUCUUUCCAUUUGAAAAUAAUACUAUACAACUGGAUUGUACCCACUUGAGUCAUUCUUUCAAAUGUGAUGUUUUAAAAAUCAUCUGAGGUUAGAGUUCUGUAGCUCUAAAUAUCAAAGAAAAAUGUUUGAAGUUGCCUUGUAGCAGCCUUUAUCUAUCUAUAUAAAAUCCUGUCCCUGCUAUUCUGUGCAUCUAUCUUGUGACCAAGAAACAGAACUCAGGACAGGAGUAACAAGCUUUAUUUUUUCUGGUAACUAAUGGCAGGAAAUCCAAUGUUCCCCCAUUGCAGUGAUGUUACCAGGUGUCACUGCUUUACUUUUCCCAACAGUGAGAAACAGUGAGAAAUUAUAGGUCCACUGUGGGGACCUCUGCCAUAAGGUCAAAAUUUGUUGUAAAAGCUUGUCAGUGGGGAGUCUCCCCUCAUUAAUGGGAAUUUGGCAGUGGGAAAGAUACAUGGUUGUGUGCAUUGAGAACAUAAAAAAUACAUGUGAAAACCUCCAUGAAAACCUUCUUUUCUGCAAAGCUUUACACCUAUAAGGAAUAUUUUGCUAGCUUCUUAUAAUUAUGAAGCCAAUAGGAUUCUUGUAAAAUACUGGAUUAGUAAUAUUACUAAGUGACUUAGGAUACAAAACAUUGGCUUGAAUUUGUUCUGAGCUUCAAGUACUGGGUAUUUGUAAUACAAUUCAAAACUACAGCCCUUGUUUCUUACUAGAUAAUGUUUUACUCUGUAAAAGAUAUCCCUAAAGAUUGUUGUCUUUCUCAUCUCUGCUGCUGCUGAGAUUGUAUUUAUUGGACUUGUUUUAUUCUAGUAUGUAUUUGUGACUUGAUAAUUACAUUUAUGGCCAUACUCACAAGAAGGCUAUGUGUUGCAGAAGCCUUUGUGAUUUUCAGCAGAAUAAUUUUAUCAUUUGAAGGAGCUGGGGUAAGGCAAAGAAUAUCCCCAAAGCACAGAUAUCAACUAAAAGAAGAUCAGAGGGAAAGUGCUUUCUGAUAAUUCAUUGACAUAAAAGUUCCUGCAUAUUUUCAGAACUUAUUUGGAAAACAGCAUGCCUGCCUUUAUUAUUAUAAAUCUAUCCAUUUGACAAGAGUGUGAGACUGUUUCGCGUUGCUUUAAUACAUGAUUUUAAUAUAUUGGCUUUUGUGGCCUCUCUCCGAGAAAGGUAAACAUUGAUUACCUGGAAGACUGACAAUUCUAUGUUUUAUUAUUAUUGUGAGUUCUUGGGUAUGGCUCAGUUCUGUUAAGCCAUGACUUGACAGGGCUGAUCAGCUAUAAUUUAGUAUAAUUCAGGACCCCUGGGUUCUAUUUUCAGCCCACAAAUCUCUGUCUUAUUUAACCUUCAAUUUUUAUUUUCCCUACAAUAUACUGGCUAAAGUCAUUCCCAGAUGAACUGUAGUAAACUGUCACACUUUGCAACUGGGAGGUUUGAGAAAGGGCAGGUGAAUGUUAAUACUUGUAGCACAAGUGACCCCAGGUAGGCAUUUUUAAAGGAAAGCAAAUAGUUAACUUAUCUUUCAAAAUGUUGACAUGUUAAGGUAUAGCAGUGCCAUAUAUAGAUCUUGUUAUGAUCAGUAUUGGAAAAUGGCUUUGCUUUUACUUAAAGCAUCCUUUCCUCUUGUCAGCUGUGCUGCUAUGCAAAUGUCUGUUAAUGCUUGAUAUCCUCCAUUGGAACUCUUCAAAUAACAUGGUGCACAGCUGAGACUUUCUUUCCUGGACUGGUUUGUAAAUAGCCUAAAAUGUACAUUGAAUUUCACAUUGUAAAAUUUUUAUUUUAUUUCUUGUAUUAUAUUCAGCAAAAGUCCUUAUGUAUAUGAAAGUGCAUAAUAAAUAUAUUUGCUUUUCAGCA